AUGUUCCUCCGAACCCUCGCCGCCGCCCUCCUAGGCAUCGCCACCCUCGUCACCGCGCAGUCACUCGCCGACCCAACCUGGACCGGUCCGGGCCACGUCUACGUGAUCGAGAGCGACCCGUACGCCGGCUGGGGCCCCGACGACUGGCAGCCAGCCAAGAUCGGCUGCCUGAAUGCCUUCGGGCAGCUCAUCGCCGACAACGGCAACUGUGCCGUCUUCCAAGCCGAGGUCACCACGAUGAGCUCGAUACAAGGUGGGUGCGGACGGACUAUACGCGAAGGGAAUGGCGCGGAGCCUUAUGUCCUGAGCUGUUCGAGCGAGAAGCACCAGUACUCGGACUUUUACCGUCUCAACAACCAGAGAGUACCGAUUUACCUCUCCUAUGGCGAGGGUUACCUUGCUUGGUGUUGCAAUGGCAAGCCAACUGGUGAUCAAGUCUUUGAUCUGUACAACGGGCCGGGCUGGGACCAACUCAGCGUUGCUCUGUUGUGGAUUCCUCUUUGA